AUGCUCAUCAAAGUCAUGGCCAUGGGCUUCCAUGGCAAGGGCACAUACCUCGCCGAGUCCUGGAACAGACUCGACUUCUUCAUCGUCGUCGCAGGAGCCGUGGAGUAUUGCCUGAGUGUCGAGAACAUGAACCUGUCCGCCAUCCGCACCAUCCGCGUCCUGAGACCCCUCAGGGCCAUCAACAGGAUACCGAUUAGACCCAUCACGUCUUACUUCAACGUCACCGAAGUGGAGAAAGACUACAUCUGUUCUCUACCCAAGGACAAUGGAAUGCAUACGUGUGAGGAGCUGCCGCCAACCAAGCAUGAAAUUUACAGUAAUAACGCACUGGCGUUGUCGAUGAGCGGGUACUUGUUUUGCUAUAUUUAUUUUUAUUUAUUUACUUAUGUGUUCACGUUGCAGGUGAUCAGCCUCGAGGGCUGGGUGGAUAUUAUGUAUUACGUCCAAGACGGACACUCCUUCUGGGACUGGAUAUACUUCGUGCUGCUCAUUGUGAUCGGUUCUUUUUUCAUGAUAAAUUUAUGUCUAGUCGUAAUAGCUACUCAAUUCUCGGAGACGAAAAAGCGCGAAAUGGAGCGCAUGAAGCAAGAACGCGCGCGCUACCAUUCCUCCAGCACCCUGGCGUCCGGUUCCGACCAGCCAGGCUGCUACGCUGAAAUUCUGAAAUACAUCGCACAUUUAGCAAGGAAAUUUAAGCGCAAAGUCUAUGCCCGAUAUAGAAUAUAUCGUCGAAAAAGGAACCAAGGGUCCAAACAUCUCAGUCUGAAGAAGCAAAGAAAGAAGAGGCAUCAGUUCGAGUUAACUGAUGUCGCUGAGGAAAGAGAAAUGGUUGAAGCCAUCCCAACGUUAACCAUCAUCAAUAAUACAGGGUCGUCAACACUUGAUGACCAGCUAGAAGCAAGACAAGCCAGCGAAGAACCAAGAAGAAGUAACACAAAUCUAAUGCCUAACUUGUUACCCCUACCAUCGUCGGACGGUAGCUGUACCCCGUCAACUUCAAGAACACGACGAUCGUCGGUCAUGUUUAACGAUGUUGUCCAAAUGCACGGAGGAGAAGGCGAUACCAAAAAUGUUUGUCUAAGCGAGAAAACCACUCAGACGGACCCUGAACCUCCCGAACCUUUGGUCUCCCGGGAGUCUCCGAAACCUAUCAGAUAUUUACCAAGAGGUCGUGGAGGCUCAGGGCUGACAUGUGGUGAACUCCUUGCUUUGAGCGGAGCUUUGUCUGCAGCUCUUCCUACCCACAUGGGGGUGGACUCCAGAUCGGUCCACACGCUCUAUUCGUCUCUUGCCAAAGGCGUUAAACAUUUCUCGGCUCCUUCAUUGUUCUUUUCGAACGAUCCGUCGCUCCCUUACGACGAUUCUGACGACUCCAGCCGAACUGACUCGGACUGGAGCGAGUCAGAAGAAGAAUGGAGCGAAGAAACUAUGCGCAACAGACCCAUCCGGCGAUGGUGUUCGGCAGGCCGCAAGAAAGUUCAGCAGCUCGUUAAUAGCAAUUAUUUUCAGAGAUGGAUACUCUGUGCCAUCCUCGUGAACACUCUUAGUAUGGGAGUCGAGUACCACAAUCAACCGGAGGAGUUGACGCAGAUCGUGGAAACGAGUAACAUGAUCUUCUCUGGAGUGUUCGCGUUCGAAAUGUUCCUCAAAAUAAUUUCCGAGGGACCUUUUGGGUACAUCAGCAACGGCUUCAAUCUCUUCGACGGCGUCAUCGUGGUUUUAGGGAUCGUGGAGAUGUGCCAGACGUACAUCGUACAGAGCAGUUCGGAUCUCCUCGCGGACGCGGCAGGCAGCGGCUCGAGCCUGUCCGUGCUCCGCACUUUCCGUUUGUUGCGGAUCCUCAAACUGGUCCGCUUUAUGCCGCAGCUCCGGCGACAGCUGUUCGUCAUGCUGCGCACCAUGGACAAUGUCGCUAUUUUCUUCUCGCUUUUAGUCCUUUUUAUCUUCAUAUUCAGUGUUCUUGGUAUGUAUCUAUUCGGUGGGAAGUUUUGCAUGCGACCUGACGGGGUCACCGAAUGCUCUUGCAAAGAGAUUCUCGCGCCAAACUCCUAUUGUCGCUGCCAUCGAAUGCAUUUCAACAGCCUCCUCUGGGCCACCGUCACCGUGUUCCAGAUCUUAACCCAGGAGGACUGGAACGUCGUCUUAUUUAAUGGCAUGGAGAAGACCAGCCACUGGGCAUCGCUGUACUUCGUGGCGCUCAUGACGUUCGGCAAUUACGUUCUCUUCAAUCUGCUUGUGGCCAUUUUAGUCGAGGGUUUCUCAGCGGAGGAGGAAAAGAAGCUGUCAACCGCCAGCCUGGAGAGCGACGAGGAGCGCCGGCAACUCAAAACUAAUCAGGAGCGCGUCAAAGAAAAUCAAUUGCGCCAAAAAUUGAUACUCGGCGGCGCUGCGCCGGAGACCAAGUGCAAUAUAGAAAAAGAGCACCAGCUGCUGCAGCUGCCAUCACAGCUGGCGGCGUCACCACCAGAAUGCGUUGCGCUGCCACCGCCGGUGCAGAUGCCACGUCCGCUCAUCACCCACACCAUCGCAACGCCGCAGGGUUCGCCGCACACGUCGCUGGACUCCGGCAGCCGCGACCUCAACAACCGCCUCAGCCCGCACCUCCUGCCUCCUGCCCACGCGCAGGGUUUACUGCGCUCCUCAUCAGUAAGAAGCAAUGCAUCCCACCGCUCCCGACACACCCGAGGGCGAGACUCCCUCUCUCCCCAUGACCUCCCUCGGCGCUACUCCCUCAGCCCAUCCCUCUGUUACCGUGAACGCAGCCACAGCGGCGAGCGUUCCUCGUCUCGACGUUCUUUCCACCGCACGUCAUCGAGAAGCCGGAAGAGACAAAACGCAGCGUCGCUUUCCUGUCCCACAUCUUCGUCCACCCCAACCUCCCACCAUCACCAUCACCAUCACCACGUCCACUCGUAUCCCCCAAACAACUCCCCAAACUACCACAACAUCUACCACAAUCACCACCACCAACCCCACCAUCACCGCCAUAACCAUCCUACUUCUACGUCGUUAUCGCCCACAUCGUCUUUCCGACAAUCCCGACGUCUGUCAGCGUCGAAACCGACGUCGGCGUCAGCACUGGCCGUCACUACGUCAGUUACGUCAGGAGCUAUCGUCAAGGUAACGGUUUCUGGAGAGAGAACGGCUGUUGGUAACGGCGAGCGUGAUGCUGAAGAUGGUGGAAGACAUGUGGAGGAAGAAACACUCAACAAUAACGUUACUUAUAACAACAACAACCUUAACAAUAACCAGCAGAUCAGACGAGCGAUCUUGACGCAGCAGAACAGCAUCGGGUCGCCGCGGUCGCCGCUGAGCCCUCAGCCCAGCAUCCGCUCAGCGGCGUCCAGACAGCCCUCGCUCAGAGGGCGGACGUCAGUGCACGGCUCGAUCCCCGAACGUGAUUUUCGACCCAACAACCUGAGUGACGUCAUCAAACUCGAGGAGUCGGACAGCGGCGAUAGCGACAGUCCCGACGCUGAGGCGACCAGCGUAACUGCCAACGAAGUUUACACAUACAAAAUAUUUGGAUACUUCGAGCCCAAAGGAUGUUUUCUCGAGCGCGUCGACUACUCCUUGUAUAUCUUCUCAGAGACCAACUGGAUACGGCGCGUAUGUAAGUAUUUGGUCUCGAAGAAAUACUUUGACAGCACAGUAUUAUUCUUCAUCGGCCUAAACUGCAUAACGCUGGCCAUGGAGAGACCGAAUAUUCCACCGGACUCGACGGAGCGAGCCUUCCUGUCCACCUGCAACGACGUCUUCACGGUCGUCUUUGGACUCGAGAUGUUGAUAAAAGUGAUCGCACAAGGCUUGUUGUACGGAAAGGACAGUUACUUCAGCUCUGGCUGGAACAUCAUGGACGGCAUCCUGGUGAUAGUGUCCGUCAUUGACGUCCUUAUGAGCCUCAUCGCCAGGAGCUCUCCUAGGAUAUUCGGCAUCCUCAGGGUCUUCAGGCUACUUAGAGCUCUCAGACCCCUCAGAGUGAUCAACCGCGCACCGGGGCUAAAAUUGGUUGUACAAACUCUGCUGUCUUCCCUGCAACCUAUCGGCAACAUCGUGCUUAUCUGCUGUACCUUCUUCAUCAUCUUCGGCAUUCUAGGCGUACAGUUGUUCAAAGGCGCUUUCUUCUACUGCGACGGGCCAGGCUUGGACGGCGUGGAGACAAAGGCUGACUGUUUAAAGGACAAGAGGAACCAGUGGGUGAACCGCAAGUAUAACUUCGACAACCUGGGCCACGCUCUCAUGUCGCUCUUCGUUCUGUCGUCUAAGGACGGCUGGGUCAACAUCAUGUAUACCGGCCUAGACGCCGUCGGGGUCGACCGACAGCCCAAAGAGAACUACUCGCAGUGGCGGCUGCUGUACUUCAUCUCGUUCUUGUUGCUCGUGGGCUUCUUCGUGCUGAACAUGUUCGUGGGUGUCGUGGUGGAGAACUUCCAUCGCUGUCGUGAGGAGCAGGAGAAAGAGGAGAAGGCCAGACGAGCGGCCAAGAGGGCUAAGAAGCUCGAGAAGAAGAGAAAAAAGAUGAGGGAGCCGCCAUACUACGCCGGCUACUCCAAGGGUCGCCUGUUCGUCCACAAUCUCGUGACGUCGAAGUACUUCGACCUCGCCAUCGCUGCCGUCAUCGGCCUUAACGUCGUUACCAUGGCCAUGGAGUUCUAUAAGAUGCCAAAGAUUGUAGCUAGAGCUAUAAAAUGCCCAAGAUGGAACCAGCUGGACGUGGUGAUUGUGCUGCUGAGUGUGGCAGGGAUUGUGCUGGAGGAGAUGAAGAGUGAGAUCAUCCCAAUCAAUCCGACAAUCAUCAGAGUCAUGCGAGUCCUCAGGAUUGCCAGGGUUCUGAAGCUGCUGAAGAUGGCUAAGGGCAUCAGGGCGCUGCUAGACACCGUCAUGCAGGCGCUGCCACAAGUGGGCAACCUCGGGCUGCUCUUCUUCUUGCUGUUCUUCAUCUUCGCCGCACUCGGUGUCGAGCUCUUCGGCAGACUUGAGUGCGACGACAAGCAUCCCUGCCAGGGGCUCGGCGAGCACGCGCACUUCAAGAACUUCGGCAUUGCCUUCCUCACUCUCUUCCGCGUAGCCACUGGCGACAACUGGAACGGUAUUAUGAAGGACACAAUCAGAGACGAAUGUUCCGACGAGUCGGACUGCCUGAAGAACUGCUGCCUGUACCCGUUCGUAGCGCCCAUAUUCUUCGUAAUAUUCGUGCUGAUGGCACAAUUCGUGCUGGUGAACGUGGUCGUCGCCGUGCUGAUGAAGCACCUCGAGGAGAGCCAUAAGCUGGAGGAGGAAGAGGCCAUGGAAGCAGCUGCUCUCAAGCGGAUGGAAGACGAAUACAAUCUCGAAGUGGAGAUAGAGCGUCAAUUGGCGCUAGAAGAAGAGGAAAUAAAUGAACUUCAAGAGACCCUUGCGAACCAUAAGCUUUCCCGAGUCUCCACCACCGCCAAAAUCAUAAAUGAAGUGGCGCAGAACCGGAGUUUGGCCAAAGGCUUUGGCCUCACCACCAAGGGCGGCGUGAGCUCGAUCAUGUUGAAGGGAGGCAUCGGCAUCAGAGGCCUGGGGGCGCAUGGCUUGGCAGGCCAGUUCUUCCAUAAGCCGCUGGGCAAAAUGUCAUCGUUGCCCGACAACUUCAUAUUCAGAGGACAUCGUGGAUCCGAUCCUGGAAUUCCGCGGAUAAGAGAACCCUCGCCGAUUGUGACCAUUUCUGAAUUACAAGCCAAAGUUCCCAGUAUCAACAUCAAUGGCUGCAAUGGAGAUCCAACUAGUAAAGAUGCUAAAGAAUUUCCUUCACACUUGAAAUCAACUCAUAAUGAUCCAAACUUGAAAAAACCGUCCCCGGAGGAUCCCGAACAUAAGAUUUCGAUAACUGAUCUUCGAACGUCUCUGAGGUCCUCGAAACCUCCACCCCCUGGAGAAAAUGUGCGUGUUGCGUCACCCACUUCUUCACCAGCUAAUUCAUCACCACGAUCCAUGUCUCCGAUAGUUUUGUCCUCCAUUGCGACUGCCACGGUUUCAUUCAUUAACUCGCCUAGAAGUGAGAGAAAAGUACCGCCCUCCCCUCUUGUGGCGGCAGCUUCUGUAUCACCUCCAUCGUCACCUUCAUUAUCUCUUUCCCAAAUAUCACCACGAUCAACCACCGUCUUAGGCCCCAUCACAAGAUUUACAUUCGGAGAUUCUAGUUCGGGAACUUCCAUAGAUGCCCAAACUACUGGAUAUUCCCCCGAAUCACCACGCCCACCCACUGAUAGAAAACCAAGCUCUCCAAGCAAACAAAGAGAUUCCCCAUCACCAAGUAAAAUUGAUAAUCAAAGUAAAGCGGGUGAAAUGAGUAGAGGUAACGCUAGUCCUCUUUCGCAGCGCGCAUUUAAGCAACUGAGAUGGUGUACGUCUAGUAGAAAGAGCGCAGGAGCCUUCAUCGUCAAAAGAAAGAUCAGUCGCGAAGACUCGAUGGUGGCCACUUUGAUGACGAGUCUUGACAAGGUUCCAGAGCUCGGCGGUCAUCUUGAUAUGGAUUCCACUUCGUGUUCACUCUGUUCUAGUGGCGACGACGACUUGCCCUCACUACCAAGAGGACAAUCUCCGUCACUUUUUCCUCGCGCCACGCCAUCUUCUAAUACUCCUUCUGAUUCUGAUGCUGCUCCUAAAAAGGCCCCGACCAAUAUUCAAAUACACAGAGAUGAUGACGAUGAUACCCUCGGUUCUAACAGUGAUUACACCAUCGAGGGCGAACUAGAUGACCAAGAGGACUUCUUGCCUUCCCCAAGUGAUCCUUCCUACAAAGAGCAUCCUGAACUGCAGCUUGGCAGUGGUGAUGUACCUUCUACAAAUAACCUUUAUUCUAGUGAACUUCCUACUCCCUGUGAUAACUCGUCUAACUGUGACGCCUCAACAAACUUUGCUACUUUCCGCAUUCCUACUUUUUCUGAUGCUUCUUUUCUUCAACUUUCGGUACAAAGUAGUGACAACACGUCAACGUUGACUCCUCCACCGGGACUUGAUGCCAUUGACGAAGGUGUGAAAAAUGUCGGUAGUAAAUUGGAACGAGCCUUGCAGAGGUCCGCAUCUUCCCCUUAUGGAGAAGAACCAAGAGCGAGUUGCUCCAGUCAUUACAGUGGCUCUAAAUCAGAAUCUGAUAGUAUGACCAACCGCAAGUCUAAAAUAUCAAAGAAAGCGCCAACUUCAAUUGCUGAGUUUUGUAGUUUAAGAGAAAUGCCUCAGAGUAGCUCUGGGGCUUUAGAAUCACAAGUUAAGCGAGAUAAGUGCCAAUCUUCCAGUAGGAAAUCAAGUGUGGAAAAUCCAACAACAGAAUCCUGCGCUUCCCCAGAAGUGAGAACGGAUGUGAAAGACGAAGAAUCCUCCCUGCCUGAAUCCUAGGGGCAGUAUACGUGUUUAGUGUGUUUUUCGCUCUAUAUAAAUAGUUAUUCCUCGGAAGGGGCAAGUAAAAAAACUGAGGAAAGCCCACUGCAAUAAUCUCAAAUGGCACCAGCCGAUCUCACUAUUCACGAUAUUUUUGUUACACAUUUUGUUAUUCACUCUGUCUAUGUUAGAGAUUACGGUAUUCGAGCUUAAUUUCAUGGAUGUGAUGUUUUCGGUAGGCAGUGAGGCCAAGGUUUUAAUUUUAAUGCCCUAACCAAAUUUUACUGCAAAAACACCAGGCACUUGCAUCGUAUUUUUAAACCUAUUUUAAUAAUCUUUUUACCUCUCUUUAUCUUUCUUACUUUAAGAACAAUACUUUUUACAUACGUUGAUUUUGUACCUUCAGUGCCCUUUGAUUGUCGCUUCCUGCCGCCGCUAACGCUACGAAUGUAUUUUUUGGUGCCAGCAUCUUUCUCACUAUUAACAAAAGCGACCGCGGGAAUGGAUAGUAAACAGCCUAUGAAUGUACUGAUUUCUUAUGGGAUAAGCUAACCGCGAUAAAUUCAACGCAGCUGUGCACACUUUUCUGCCUUUUUCUUCGCAAACUCUUCUUCGUCAGACAAUAUUUACCAUCAUUAAUUUCAUGGCCGUCGAAAUUUUAUUUCCAUAUCAUAAAAAUUCUCAAAAAUUGUCUAAUGAAAUCGAUAUUUAACAGGUUUUGUAGAUGGCUCAUCCUAAAUGCGAAGCUAGAAUCAAUUUUUUUACCAUGUUCACAUUAAAGAUUUAUGUUAGAUAAAGAAGGUCUGCAGACGUGCAGAAUAAUUGAAUAAUAUUCCCCUGACAUAGCUGAGAAAGAUGGAAAGUUAAAAAUCUAAAUUUCAAAUCGUUUAUCUAAUAUAUUUGCUUGUCUGCAGCGUAAUUGUUAAUGAAAUGACAUAGAAUGACAUCGAGUCGAGUUACUUGGGUCAUUUUUGUUUAAGACCUGAUGGUUAUUGUAAACCAUACUACUUGUAUAUUUUAAAAUCCUUCUUUGUAAGAUCUUCAUCCAUGAAAAUCAAAAUUUAUAUAAGGAGGAAUUUGCACGGCUUUUGAAUGCUACAAGAUUGUUUCUUGGCAAUUGAUCAGAGAGCUGUGAUUAGAUUUACAACUGUUUACAUAUGAUCCAUCAUCGUACAACUACUCGUACGAAAUAUCCGACAUAAGUGAACAUAAUUCAGGACUGUGCAUAAAUUGUUUUAGCAAAAGCAAUUUUUCGAAUUUAUACAAACUAUCUUAGUCAUGUGAUGCAUCUAGCAGUGUUAUUGACAUUUUUUUUCUGAAAUGUUUUUUAAUUAUUCUAUGUGAAAAAAUUAUGUACAUGCUUCCUACAAACUGUAAGCCCGGAUUGAACAUGCAUUUCUAAAACCCUACAUCCUACAAGUCAACAAUAAAGAUUCGUCGUUCCCAUUGUAUUAGAAGCCAGGACUACAAAUAGAAUAGUAAAGUACGAGAACUGCGAAUUAAUAUUAUUAGUCUAGAAGCAAAAUUUCGCUUUUUUGCUACUUUAAUUUCAAGUAGGC